AUGAACUAUGAAAAAAAUGCUAAUAUAGAGGAUAGUAAUGAUUUACGUUUAUAUAAAGAUUUUACUUUUGAUAUGUUAAGUGAUGAAUUUGUAAAAAAUAAAAAUAAAUUAAAUUUUUUAAAAAAUUUAAAUACUCAUGAAAAUAAUAAAUUAAAUGUAACUGAAGUACAUAAUAAAUCGUUAAAUUUUUUAAAUAAUAAAAAUAAUUUAAAUUAUGAGAAAAAUAUAUAUAAUAUGAACAACCAUACACUAAGAAAAGAAGCCUCUGAAAAUUUUAACAGUUUUUCAAACAAAAACUUAAAUAUAAAUGCAACUAAUUAUAAUAAAUUUGUUAAAAAUGAAAAUAAUAAAUCUUUUGAAAAAAUAGAAAACAGUAAUAAUAAUAAUAAUAAUAAUAAUAAUAAUAAUAAUAAUAAUAGCUUAAAUAAUUAUUCAAAUAACUAUUUUUCCUAUGAUGAAAACAUAGAAAAAACUGAUCAUAAUGUAGAAUCAAAUGAACAAAUUCCUUUAAAAACUAAUAAUUUGUAUUCUCAUAUUUCUAAUGCAUACAUAAAUUCAUCAACUACAUCGAAUUAUUGUUUAAAUGAAAGCUCUUUGAAAAUAAAUGCAGAUGAAAAUUUUAAAAGAGAAAGCAAAUUAAAUGAAGAUAAAAUAACAAAUAUAUCAAAUAAUUAUAACAUAUCUAUAAAUUUAUUAAAUAACGUUGAAUGCGUAAAUAAUUUACAUAAAAAUUCAAAUAUAAAUGAUAAAAUAAUACAAAAUAAAAAGGAAAUGGAAGAAAAAAAUGAAAACUCUUAUUCUAGUGAUUUUGAUAAAUUAAAAAAUAGUGAAGAAAAAAGAAAUGAUACAUAUAAUAACUCAACUAUUAAAGAAAGUGAAACAAAAGGAAAAGUCGAAAAUCAUUUAACUCCUAACACAUCUGAAUCAAGGUUAAAAAAUAACUUGAAUCCUUUUUUUGUACAAAAUUCUGAAUUUAGCCGCACAGAUAAAAAUUUAAUAAAAGAUUCUGAAGAAAGUUACUUAAUAAGUAAUAGUUUGUAUAAUAAUUGUAAAAAAACUAAUGUAAAUAAUUAUGUUAAUGAUAGUAUUACUAACAUAAAUAAAAAUAUUGAAAAAAAUAAGAACGAUAUAAAUAGAACUUUAAUGUAUGAUAACACAAAGAAUAACAAACAAGGCAUAGAUAAUAUUCAAAACGAUAACAAUAAUAAUAAUAGCAUAAAUGAAAUGAGGAAAAAAGAUUCCUUUGAAAUUAAAAAUGAUGAAAAAAAUAUAAAAAUUCAAAGUAUUUCUAAAAUAGGUACAAAUAAUUGUAGUAUAAUGAAAAAUUCAAUUAAUCAAAAAGAAGGUAGAAAUUAUUUAAAUGAUGAACUAAUUGAUAAUAAACAAAACAGUUCAAUUAAUAUUAUUUUUAACAAUACUCCUAGUGAAUGUAAAUACAUUAAUAAUAGCUCAUUAAAUGAUAUUUAUAUAAAUAAUUUGAAAAUAGGUAAAAUGGAUAAAGUAAAUACUUCAAAGAAUGAAGAAAAAAAUAUAAUUCAAAACGUAACAGACAGUAAUGAUAUUAAUGCAGAACAUAAUAACGAAUUAUCAAUUUAUAACAGAAAAUGCAAAGAAGUAAAUAAUUAUGAAGUAUCUAUAAGAAAUUGUAGAAACGCUGAUCAUGCAUCAGAUUGUAACAAAAAUAAUAUCGCAGUUGAUAAAAUUAAUUAUAAAAUGUAUAAUAACACGCAAAAUAAAUUAGUUAAUGAAUCAUCUUAUGUUACAAAUAAUGACAUAAAUAAUCAAAUUAAUAAUAACAAUAUUAAUCAUCAAAUGUAUUUUGGCAUGAAUACUCAAGUAUAUAAUAAUAUGAAUAACAAUGAAUUAUAUGAUAGUAAUAAUAAUCAUAAUAACGUUGACAUGAAUAGGAAUAUACAUAACAAAAAUAUAAAUAAUCAAAUAUACAAUAAUGAUAUAAAUAAUCAAAUAUAUAAUAAUGAUAUAAAUAAGCAAAUACAUAAUAAUGACAUAAAUAAUCAAAUACAUAACAAAAGUAUAAAUAAUCAAAUACAUAACAAAAAUAUAAAUAAUCAAAUAUAUAAUAAUGAUAUAAAUAAUCAAAUACAUAAUAAUGAUAUAAAUAAUCAAAUAUAUAAUAAUGACAUAAAUAAUCAAAUACAUAAUAAUGAUAUAAAUAAUCAAAUAUACAAUAAUGAUAUAAAUAAUCAAAUAUAUAAUAAUGACAUAAAUAAUCAAAUACAUAAUAAUGAUAUAAAUAAUCAAAUACAUAACAAAAGUAUAAAUAAUCAAAUACAUAACAAAAAUAUAAAUAAUCAAAUAUACAAUAAUGAUAUAAAUAAUCAAAUAUAUAAUAAUGAUAUAAAUAAUAAAUAUUAUAAUAAUGAUAUAAAUAAUAAAAUAUAUAAUAAUGAUAUAAAUAAUCAAAUGAAAUAUAAUGUGAAUAAUAAAGCAUAUAGUAAUAUAGAUAAUAAUGUAUAUAAUAAUAUGAAUAGUGAGGUAUAUAAUAAUUUAAAUAAUCAAGUAUACAAUAAUACAGAUAAUAUAGUAUAUACAAAUGUAGGUAAUAAAAUAUAUAACAGUGAUGAGAAUCAAACACAUAAUAUUAUAAGUAAUAAAAUAUAUAAUAAUAUGAAUAAUGAUAUGUAUAAUAAUGUAAAUAAUCAAGUAUAUAAAAAUAUAGACAAUGAAGUGUAUAACAAUGCAUAUAGUGGCACAUAUAAUAAUGCAAAUAAUAACAUAUAUAAUAAUGAAAAUAUUCAAGCAUAUAACAAUGUAGAUAAUAAUAUAUAUAAUAAUAUGGAUAAUACAGAAUACAACAAUACGAAUAACACAUUGGCAUGUUAUAAUUAUAAUCAAAAUAAAAUUAAUGAAUCAAAUACUUAUUUUAAUAACAAUAUAAAUAAUGAAUUAAUUAGUACACAAAAUAACAAUAUGCAUAGAGAAAAUGCUGCUAAUAAUAGAGAAUUUAACUCAGAUUCCAAGCAUGAGAAAGAUUUAAUUAAGGAAGAAAAAGAAAUGAAUAAAAAAAAAAAUGAAACAUAUGAAGAUGAAAAAGACUUAUCAUUUGAAAAAGAAAGUUCGAGUGAUGAAAAUUCAAGUGAUUAUGAGAAUUCAAUAACAGACAAAGGCGAUGUGUACACUUUAAUUAAGAAAACUUUUAAUCGUAUAGAUAUGAAUAAAAUUCCAAGACCUAUAAUUAAUUGUUAUGAGAAAAACAGCAGAAGAAACUUAAAAGUUUUUGAAACAUGCAAGUAUAUAUCUCCGCCUUCUUUUUUUCAGCCAUAUAUAUCUAUUGACACUGGUAAAGCAGAUCCUCGCUUUAUUAAAAGUACAUUAUAUCAAAUCCCAUUAUUUUCAGAAACAUUAAAAUUGUCUAAAAUACCAUUUGGUAUUAUAGUAAAUCCUUUUGCUUGUUUAAAUGAAGGAGAAGAAGUAGAUAAAAUUGAUAUGAAAGAUGUCAUAAAUGAUAAAGAAGAAAAUAUAGAAAUAUUAAGAUGUCCAAAAUGCUUCAGUUAUCUGCAUGCAACCAUAUUAGAAGAUUUAUCAAAAUCAAAAAAUUGUGUUUUUUGCGAAACUUCAUUUUUUAUUAAUGAAAAUAUUUUAUUCGAUAUAUAUCAGUAUAAUGAAAAAAUAAAUCAAAGAGAAAAUGAAAAAUAUGGAACUAUUUCUCCUUUAUUAAAAGGAAGCGUAGAUAUUUUAUUACCUCCCAUAUAUUUUAAUAAUUACAAUAAUAUAAAAUUAUCCUAUACUUAUUUGAACAAAAACAUUAAUCAAACAGCUACCAUGAUAACAAAUAAAAUAAAAUCAUUUACGAAACAAUUAUCAAAUUCUUUAGUUACUUAUGAUGUAAAAGGAUCUAAUAUGCAAAAUAUGAACGAUUUAUUUAAUGAGACAUCAGAAACUAAUAAGAAAAUAUCUAAUAAUUUUUGUAAUGAUCAUUCUCAAAGUAAUGCAGAAAUAAUAAAUAAUGUAAAUUUUAAUUUUAAUGAAAUAAAGAAUAUGAUAAAUGAAAAAAAAGGAGAAUCUGAAGAAUAUAAAUUAAAAAGAGAUAGUUUUUUAUCAAAGUAUCCUCAUAUUAAGAAAUGUUUACCUCCUUAUUUUGUAUUCGUUGUAGAAUGCUCUUAUAAUGCAGUAUAUAGUAAUAUAACUCAUACCAUAUUGGAAGGAAUUAGAUAUGCAAUACAAAAUGUUAAAUGUGAUAAAACAAAAAUUGCUAUUAUUACAUUUAACAGUUCAAUACAUUUUUAUAAUUGUAGGAAAAAUAAUAAUAACAAUCAGGUAAUUGUAAUGAGUGAUAUAGAAAAUCCUUUUAUUCCUUUACCACUAAGUGAUUUAUUUUUUGGGUGUGUAGAAGAAUUAGACAAAAUUAAUAAUUUGAUAGAUGCCAUUAAAUCAAUUACAAGUACCAUGCAAUCAUAUAAUUCAUGUGGAAAUAGUGCUCUAAAAGUUGCUAUUGAUAUUUUAAAGGAGAGAAAUGGGGCUGGAAACAUUUGUAUGUUUUAUACUUCUACCCCAAAUUGUGGGAUUGGAGCAAUAACAAAGUCAAAAAGGGAUUUACAAGAAAAUUUCUCGGAAGUAAAACAAAAAAUAUUUUAUGAUUCCUUAUUACUAGAUUUAUAUUCUUAUAAUAUUAGUGCAGAUACAUUUAUUAUUUCAUCAAAUAAUAUUCAUAUUUGUGUACCCUCCUUACAGUAUAUUGCUCAAAAUACAGGAGGAAAAAUAUUAUUCAUUGAAAAUUUUAUAUGGCAAAAAGACUAUAAAGAAUUAUAUAUGAAUAUAAGAGAUACUUUAACAUCAGAAGAUAUAGCUUAUUUUUGUGAAUUAAAAUUACGGUAUUCCCAAUAUGUAACAGUAAAGAAUUUAUUUUGUUGCAAUAAUAAUUUUAAUUCAAUAAUUAGUGUUGAUACCAUUAAAAUACCUAAAAUAAGAUAUGAUCAUACUUUUGCCUUUUUACUUAAUUAUUCUGACAUUUUAGAAACAAAAAAACAUUUGUAUAUUCAAUGUGCAUGUAUUUAUACUAAUUUAAAUGGAGAUCGUUUUGUUCGUUUGCAUACAACUCAUAUGAAUUUGACCACUUCUUUAAGCACUGUUUUUCGAUAUACUGAUGCAGAAGCAUUAAUGAAUUUAUUAAUUAAACAAUUAUGCACAAAUAUUUUACAUAAUGAUAAUUAUUCAAAGAUAAUAAUAGAUAAUUUAGCUGACAUAUUGUUUUCUUAUAGAGUAAAUUGCGCUUCUUCUGCUCAUUCAGGUCAAUUAAUUUUACCUGAUACCUUAAAAUUAUUACCUCUAUUUACAUCUUCUUUAUUGAAACAUAAUGCUGUGAAAAAAGAAGUCUCUAAUGAUUUAAAAGUUUAUAGUUUAAUAAAAUUAAUAUCAUCACCGAUUAUAUCAUCUCUUUUGUAUGUGUAUCCUAUUACUUAUUUAAUUCAUAUAAAAGGGAAGAUAAAUGAAAUUGAUUCAAUGGAUAUAGACGAUGAAUUAUUUCUCCCUAGAACAAUACCAACAAGUGCAGAAAAAAUAUAUUCAAAUGGCAUAUAUUUAAUGGAUGCUUGUACUCAUUUUUAUCUUUAUUUUGGUUAUCAUUCUGAUGUGGAUUUUACAACUGAAGUUAUAGGAGAAAUACCAACAGAACAAAAUUAUUAUGAAUUAAGUUUGACAGAUAGUAUUAAUGCUAAGAAAAUUCAACGCAUUAUUCUUAACAUAACUAGAAUUUAUCAUUUUAAUAAAUAUAUUCCAUUAAUGAUAAUUGCACCAAAAUCUAAUCAAGAAUCACAUUUAAUGUCCUUGUGUGUUGAAGAUAAAGUUGAUAAAGAGUAUAGUUAUGUUAAUUUCUUAUGUUUUAUUCAUAAAUUAGUACAUAAGAAAAUUGAUGAGUCAUGA